AACUCCUCUGCUUAUUUUUUCUUUCUUAAAUGGUUUAACUCUAUAGAGAAAUUAUUUUAUGCGGAGUCCAACGGGAAGAAUUAUUUGUACUAUGAGUGUACAUAUUAUUGAUAUACAAUAUGUAUAUUAAUUUGAAACACACUGUGUACAAAAUAUAUACACUUAUAUGUACAGAUAGUUCUUUGAAACAUACUGUGUUCAGACGGUUCUUCCCGUUCAGAUUCCGCACAGAAUAAUUUCUCGACUCUACAAUAUAUACUCUCUCCUCUCUCCUACUUAGCAGCAACAUUAGAGACAGCAGAGCAGCUGGUAACUUUUUCUUCUACUUCUUCUUCUUCUUCCAUAUUAUUAGAGUGAAGAGUUUCAGCAUGGGAGAAGACCAAGAACUGCAGCUCCAUAUCAGAGAACAAGCAGAUCCAGCACGUUCAUCCCCAAAGGAGGCAACUUUCGCUCAAUCCCAAUCUUCCUUCAAGCUAAGAAAAUGGCAAUGGUGGUUCCUCCUCUUCAUCUACAGCUUCUUAAUCCUAGCCGGGCAGACUUCCGGGACCCUUCUCGGCCGUUUCUACUUCAAACAGGGCGGUAAGAGCUUGUGGAUGGCCACCAUCGUUCCAUCCUCCGGCUUCCCACUCCUCAUCCCCCUCCUCCUCAUCCUACGUUCCUCCUCUACCGCCGCCGCGGCCGCCACCGUUUCCCGUCCUUCCAUCGCCAAGCUAGCCGCAAUCUACAUUGGCUUCGGCCUCAUCGGCACCGGAGACAACCUCAUGUACUCCUACGGCCUCCUUUACCUCCCCGUCUCCACCUUCUCCCUCGUCUGCGCCACACAACUCGCCUUCAAUGCCGUCUUUUCUUACUUCCUCAACUCCCAAAAGUUCACUCCAUUCAUCUUCAACUCCAUCAUCCUUCUCACCCUAGCGGCCGCUCUCCUCGGCGUUCACUCCGACAGCGGCUCCGCCUCCGACCAUAAUUACCCGCUUGGAUUAGCCCUUACCCUAGCAGCGUCGGCCGUUUUCUCCCUUGUUCUAUCCCUCACCCAAUUGGUUUUCCAGAAGGUUAUAAAGGCCGAGACCUUCACCGUCGUCCUGGAGAUGAUUCUGUGGACCGGAUUAGUCUCUUCGGUUGCGUCGGUGGUCGGACUUUUCGCCGGCGGGGAGUGGAAGAUGAUUCAUGAAGAAUUUACAGGAUCUGAAAAGGGUAGGGUUUCGUAUUUGAUGACUUUGAUUUGGAUUGCAAUUUGCUGGCUGUUGUACGGUGUUGGCAAUAUCGGUUUGAUCUUUCUCGUCUCUUCUCUGUUUGCUAAUGUGAUUGGAACCCUAGGUCUUCCUCUGGUACCAAUCUUUGCAGUUAUGUUCUUCCAUGAAAGGAUGGACGGAGUGAAGGCGGUGGCUUUAUUGAUGGCAAUUUUAGGGUUUGUUAAUUAUGUGUAUCAGCAUUAUCUUGAUGAUACAAAGGAGAAAAGGGCUGUGACCAGAGAUGAACAGCCUUAACUAGCUAUGAAAGUGAACAUUUUUAGUUCAUUUUAUUUUUUGUGCAUUUGUUUA